UUCCUCUUCCUGUAAACUGGUUUCUCAGAGUCCAGCACUGAUGUGAAUCUGACUUUGGGCACAAUCUCUGCCCAGGUCUCCGGAUCUGGCUGGACCCCAAGAUCACCGCCCCUGACCACAGAGGCUUCAGCUCAGCAGGGCGGAAGCCUCUUGCGCCUUCCGAAGGUCGGAGCUGCAAUUCCUCCUCUGUAAGUAGCAGCCUGGGCCCCUGCAUUAUCUGACAACGGAAGGAAGAACCUCUUGAGAUGGCUUCCAAUAAUGACCCCAUUGAAAUCCCAAUGAUAGAAAGACAUCGUUGUGACCUUGAUGAAACAAACACCAGUGACCUGAAGACAUUGACUGGAGGGGCUGUGUUAAGUUUUCACAACAUCAGCUACCGAGAAACAGUGCAGAGUGGCUUUCUACUUCAUAAAGAGACUUCCACAGAAAGACUAUCGAACAUCAGUGGAAUCAUGAAUCCUGGCCUCAAUGCCAUUAUGGGACCUCAGGAUGGGAGCAGAUCUUUGUUCUUGGAUGUCUUAGCUGCAAGGAGAGAUCCAUGUGGAUUAUCAGGAGAUAUUUUGAUAAAUGGUAAACCUCGAGCUGCUGAUUUCAAAUGUACAUCUGGUUAUGUACCACAAAAUGAUGUGGUGUUGGGCACAGUGACUGUGAGAGAGAAUUUAGAGUUCUCGGCAGCUCUUCGUCUUCCAAGGAGUACAACAAGAGAUGAAAGAAGAAGACGGAUUAGUGAGGUGCUGGAACUUCUGCAUCUGGAUGAAGAACAAAAGGUCAAGCCUAGAUCCAAAGAACUCAGGAAAAGGACCAGUAUAGCAAUGGAACUGGUCACUGAGCAUCCCAUAUUGUUCUUGGACGAUCCCACCACUGACUUAGACUUGAAAACUGUGAAUGAUAUCAUCUCAGUCCUGAGAAGGAUCUCGAGGAUGGGACGGACAAUCAUCUUCUCCAUCAGUCAGGCUCAGUACUCCAUCUUCAGGGUUUUCAAUAGCCUCACCUUAGUGGCUUCAGGAAAACUCAUGUUUCAUGGACCUGCAGAGGAUGCUUUGGAGUACUUCAGAUCUGCAGGUUACGAGUGUGAGUCCCACAACAACCCUGCAGACUUCUUCCUGGACGUCAUUAAUGGAGGUUUCUCUAAUAUAUUAAAAACAAACGAAGCCGGCCAUGACGCUGACAAAUAUGAAGAGCUUUUAAAGACACAAUGUGACGUCACAAGAGAAUUGGCCGAUAAGUAUGCCAAGUCCUGCUGGUACACGGGAACAAGAACCAAGCUGGAUCAACUCUUGGGGGAACAGAAGCUGGAGAGGGUCUCAGCCAUGGAGACCACAUGUGUCACCUCUUUGUGGCAUCAGCUUGGGUGGAUUAUCUGUCGAUCAUUCAAAAAUUUCAAGGGUUUUCCAUGGGUCACUGUGAUUCAGGCCGUUAUCACAGUCAUACUGGCUGCAGCUGUAGGCACCACUUUCCGUGUCCUAAAAAAUGAUUGUAUUGAAGUCCAGAUGAGAGCCAGCCUGCUUUACCUGCUCACGGUCUUCCAGUGUAUCACAAGUGUAUCUGCAGGAGAGCUCUUUGUGAUCGACAGGGCUCGCUUUCUACAUGAGCAUACCAGUGGAUACUACAGAGUGUCAUCCUAUUUCUUUGGGAAAUUGCUGGCUGAGCUAAUACCCAGGAGGCUAUUGCCAAGUACUGUAUUUACUGUGAUAACAUACGUCAUCGCAGGAGUAGAAAUUAGUCUGAAGUGUUUCUUCACUAUGAUAUGUACUGCCAUGGUGCUGGCUUAUUCUGCUAGCUCCCUGCCACUGUCUAUAGGAGCUGGGGAGAAUGCAGUGGCAGUGCCAACACUGCUUGUGACCAUCUACUUUGUGUUCAUGCUGGUGAGCAUUCUGCUUCCUGACCCCGUGUCCAUGCUGGCUGACUGCUGCCAUACCCCCUUUGCCAAGAUGGAUUCUUAUCACUCUGGAAACUGAAGGCUGAACAAACUCUCUCUUCUACAAGUUGCCUUGACCAUGGCACUGGAUGAGCAUCUGCAAAGUAGCUACUCCAUGUCCUGUCACACUCACCACUCUACCCAUCCUGCCUCAUGUUUUGUUUUACUUUUUAUAAACCCACUGGGUCACCUUAGACUGUCUGUGUGUGCCUGUGUAUAUGUUGGCUUCCAAACUCUACAUGCUUAAAGAAAACUGGUACUGCAUUCCCAGUGGUUGCCAAUAGCUCCUCAGUUAAGUGUGGGACUUCAUGUCCACCUCUGCCCUCUGUGCUGGGAUGUGUCUGGCUUGAUCUUGCUCAAUUGUUUCACAUGUUGUCACAACUGUUUUGCAUUCACAUGUGUCACUGCACAAUUGUGACUAGUCGACACUGCUUCACUGUAGUUACCCACUGCUUUUGGCUCAUACAGACUUUCUAACCUGUGUUUCAUCAUGAUCCUUGAACCUUGAAGAGAGGUGUAAUACAGACUUCCUGUUCACGGUUGGAUCUUUUGCAGUCUCUUUUCUUUGCAGUUGUGGGUCUUUGUCAAUCACCAUCUACUGAUGUUGUGGGUCUCUGUCAGUCACGAUCUACUGAUGUUGUGGGUCUUUGUGUCAAUCAGCAUCUACUGAUGUUGUGAACCUCUAUCUAUCACCAUCACCUGCAAAAACAAGCUUCUCUGGAUUAAUGUCUGAGAUGUACUAAUCUAUGGGUGUAACAGUAACUCAUUAGAAGUCAGUUUAAUACCAUAUCAGUUCAGAAGAAUAAUAGCAGAUUCUCCCCUGAUACUUAUGACCUCACUAGCCACAGCGUCACACAGGUUUUGUAUCUUGUAGAGCAGACCAUAAUACAAUAGGAAAAUGAGUGCUUGGUUACUGCCAUUGUAGUAGUCUGUCCAGUGUCCCCCAUGUGUCUCCUUUUCACCCAAGGGAAAGAAAAGCAGAAAAGAGGCAGGUGAAAUGGUCACUGUCCUUGAGCAUACUUGUAAUUUCACCACAUGUGUCCUGGAACCCUUUCCCCCAGAUUUCAGCACUUUUAGCUCACUGCCCAUAGUUUACAGCAUCCAAUCAAAAUGUUAAGUCACCACAGACAGGAGACAAAGUGAUGAAACAUUCUGCCCAUUAAUUACAUCAGGACUUGUACUCAGAGUACUCUACCUAACCUGCUGGCCUGUCCAUCAACAAGUGUCUAUAAAGGAACCCUUAGCUUUUUGGUUCUUAGAGCUAAAAGCGUGUAACAUACUUGGGUGCUCCUGUUGGCAUCACACCACCGGAAGUUUUUUUGUGUGUUUCUCUCUAUGGAAUCCUGACAAAUGCAGCUCAACUACUCAACGUAAGGCAGACCAACACGUGCCUGUUGUUAGCAAAGAAUCCUUCAUCAUGUGUCCUUCACUUGCUUGCUUUAGCAGGACAUCCUCUCUCCUGUAACCUCCCUUUAGCAAAAUGUUCCUUCACAAGUCUGCCUUAGUCCUCCACCUGUGUUCAUUUCAGGAAAACACUCCCUCAUGUUUUGCCCCAGCAAAACACUUUCCAAUACAACUGACUUUCCAAAGAACCCUUACAUUUCCACUUCACCCUAACAUGUUUCAGAUGUGAACAAAUAAGGGAGCCUGUACGGAAGCUGACAGGCUUCUUACUGAGAUAGUGAAACUCACCAGUAGAUUUCAACAGCAACAUCAAACACAAAUUUUAACUGUAUUCUUGUUAUUGGUUUAAAAGAUUUCAUUUUACUCUUCUUCUGUAUCCUGAUGAUAAAGAAACAGUUGCUUCUUAAAUGUAUACUGUAAACAGUCAAACACCCAUAUCUCAUGGAAUUUUUUAAAAGUUAGUUUUAAAAAUAUAAUAAUGUAAAAGUGAUGCUCGGAAUGUUGGUGCACACCUUUCAUCCCAGCUCUUG